GGGCGACCCCCGCGCCCCCCGCCCGCAAAGAAGCAGCCCCUCCCCCGCGGGGUCUCCCCGACGCCUCGCCCGGCCGGCCCGAAGGUCGCGGAAAGGCGCUCCGGGGCUCCGGCGGCUUCUGCGUCACACGCGCGGGCCUCCCGCCACAGCCCUCCGGACCCAGCGGGCGAGCGGGCGGCUCCCCCUGCGACCCUCGGGGCUCCCCCGCCGCCCUCCCCUCUCCCCUCCCUUGCCCCUCCGGGCCCUGCCCGGCUCUGCCCCCCCGCAGGCCUGCCCGUCGGAGGGGGCGAUGCGAUGGCGAGCGAGCCCCCCGCCGCCCUCCCGCGCGGCACCCGCAGCAGCAGCAGCAGCGCCCGCCUGACCUCCGGCCCCGGGAAGCGCCCGGCCCGGCCCGCCGCCCCGUCGGGCAGCGCCGCCGCCGGAUGGCCCCGCUUCUGGGAAGGGCAGGACGUGCUGGCGCGCUGGACCGACGGGCUGCUCUACCUGGGCACCAUCAAGAAGGUGGACGCCCUCCGGCAGGUGUGCCUGGUGCAGUUCGAGGACGACUCGCAGUUCCUGGUCCUGUGGAAGGACAUUAACCCGGCGGCGGUCCCAGGCCAGGAGCCCACCUGCUGCGUCUGCCACUCGGAGGCCUCUGGGCCUGAGAACCGCCUGGUCAGGUGCGAGAAAUGCAGUCACGCCUACCACCAGGAAUGCCACCUGCCUCGCGUGCUCAGCGAGGCCGCCUGGACCUGCCGGCAGUGUGUCUUCGCCAUAGCCACCAAGCGCGGGGGGGCCCUGAAGAAGGGGCCCUACGCCAAGGCCAUGCUGGGCAUGAAGCUGGUGCUGCCCUACCAGCUGAAGUCGCUCGAGUGGGACGCCGAGCACCUCACCAACCGGCAGCAGUGCUACUGCUACUGCGGGGGCCCCGGCGAGUGGAACCUGAAAAUGCUGCAGUGCAGCCCCUGUGGGCAGUGGUUCCACGAGGCUUGCACCCAGUGUCUGAGCAAGCCCCUCCUCUACGGGGACAGGUUCUACAUCUUUGAGUGCUGCGUCUGCACUGGGGGGCCCGAGAGCAUUCAGCGCCUGCCCUUGCGUUGGGUGGACGUGGCCCACCUGAUCCUCUACCACCUCAGCAUCUGCUGCAAGAAGAAAUAUUUUGAUUUUGAGCGAGAAAUUCUGCCUUUCGCCAGCGAGAACUGGGACAGCCUCCUGCUGGGAGAGCUGUCCGAGACGCCCAAAGGGGAACGCUACAAUCAGCUGCUGAGUGCCCUGACCGGCCACAAGGACAGGUUCAUCUCCGGGAAGGAAAUCAAGAAGCGCAAAGGGCUAUUUGGGCUGCAUCUGCGAGUCCCGCCCCCUGCCCCCCAAGCCCCAGAGACCCCCAGGCCCUUCCUCCUCUCCGAGAGCAGCCCCCCCCUCCAUGCUGCACAGAUAAGGAGGGGCCCUUACAGCUUGCUUUCAGGGCAGGGCAGGCGUGGGCCGGGACCGCAGCCCAGGAGAGACGGGCGCCGUCGCCCGAGGGCCCCGGGGGCAGCCUCCAGCACGGAGCAGCGCAGUGCCAGGGAGAGGGAGCGGCUGGGCAGGGCCCUCACUCAGGAGCUGGCACAGAGCCCCCCGGCCAGCCCUAACCAGAGCUACGGCGGCUACGGCGGCGCCUGCAGCAGCUACAACUUCCGCCGCACGGACGCCCGUUGCCAGGACAGCACCCCGAUCCGGAUGUUCGCCUCCUUCCAUCCCUCGGCCAACACUGCAGGGACCUUGAGAAGCGGUGAGCCCCCCCUUGACCUCGGCGUGGCAGCCACGCCCGCCGCAGAGCAGCAGAGCCCGGAGCGCCCUGCCCCCGCCUUCCUGCCCUGCCCAGCGCCUCCCCUCAAACGCCAAGCUACGCCCCCUCCCCUGCCCCCCACCGUGCCCCCCUCCCUCUGCGCCCCAGCCAGCACCAGCUACUUCGGGGUGAUGGGCCGGCUGGCGCGGGGUGAGGCCGUCCGCAUCCUGGCCCGUCGCAUCACCACGGACGGCACUGUCCAGUACCUGGUGGAGUGGGAUGGGCGGGGCAUGUUCUAGGCCGGAGGGGCUGAGUGCCAGCCCUCCCCCGCCUGGAGCCACGAGCCCCCCUCCCGACUCCCGCAGAAGGAAGGGCAGCAGGGGGACCUGGGAAUGGGACCCUGGCCGGAGGACCCCACCGCCUAGCCUCCUGCACUCGCCCCCUCCCGCCCCCAUGCCCGCCGGCCCACCUUGUUCGACCCCUCCAGAGCAAAGGCUGAGUUCAUUUAUUUUUGUACUGUUUCUGAGUAAAGUUUUUAGGGAGACCCCCCAAGAGGAGCAGGACGUGGCUUCCUGGGGGGGGCUGCCUGCCUCCCCCCCCACACUGCUGACUUUGUUCAAGAUGCUGCUGUUCCCCCCCCCUUCCUGUUCACAGCCAGAGGCUGAAUAAAGAGCUUCAUUAA